UUGGCUUGCUUUAGCAGGGGGCGGCUGCCUCAGGGCGUGAAAAUGCGCACGCAAGGGAAAGCGCCGGGUAGGGUUAUUGACGUGCACACGGGUCAUUGGCAGCCAGCUUAUUUCGUCUGACCACCACACACUACCCACUGGCGUGUGUCUCUACAUUCAGUGGGUGGACAGACACGGCGAGAUGUUUUCUCCGGGCGGCCCUAUUUGUUUACAUUGCUGGAGGGCAGCCUUCUUCAGCGGAGACGAGACCUCAGCCAGCGUCAUGAGGCGGGGCCAUUCCAGUGACAGGAAACGGCCACCGCGCGCAGAUCCUCCGGCGCGGAAUAACACAGCGGCGCCACGACAUUGCGCAUGCACGGGGAGACCCUUCUUCAGCCACUCAGCGAGAGGCUGAGGCGUUGCUGCGUACAUGCGUGGCUGUCACGUGAGGCAGUGGCGGGCCCUUCUGAAACGGUGACGGUGGCGCUCGUUGUCGGGGAAGCGUCGGAGCAAUGUGGAAUUAAUGCAAAUGAUGUGAAGAAAUUAGAAGAAGCUGGAUUUCAUACAGUUGAAGCUGUCGCUUAUGCACCAAAGAAGGAAUUGCUCAAUAUUAAAGGCAUUAGUGAAGCUAAAGCUGACAAAAUCUUGGCAGAAGCAGCAAAAUUGGUUCCGAUGGGCUUCACUACAGCAACAGAGUUUCAUCAGCGGAGAUCAGAGAUUAUUCAGAUUACCACCGGGUCCAAAGAACUGGAUAAGCUCCUUCAAGGAGGAAUAGAAACUGGGUCUAUAACAGAGAUGUUUGGAGAAUUCCGCACAGGAAAGACUCAGUUGUGUCACACGCUGGCAGUAACCUGCCAGCUUCCAAUUGAUCGAGGUGGUGGUGAAGGGAAAGCCAUGUACAUUGACACAGAGGGCACCUUCCGCCCAGAGCGGUUGCUUGCUGUAGCUGAAAGGUAUGGCUUAUCUGGAAGUGACGUGCUCGACAAUGUGGCAUAUGCACGUGGUUUUAACACAGACCACCAGACACAGCUCCUAUACCAAGCAUCUGCUAUGAUGACAGAAUCAAGAUAUGCUUUGCUGAUAGUGGACAGUGCCACAGCCCUUUAUAGGACUGAUUAUUCUGGCAGAGGUGAAUUGUCAGCUAGACAAAUGCAUUUGGCCAGAUUUCUGCGCAUGCUUCUUCGACUUGCGGAUGAGUUUGGUGUGGCAGUAGUGAUUACAAACCAGGUAGUAGCUCAAGUAGAUGGAGCAGCAAUGUUUGCUGCAGAUCCCAAGAAGCCUAUUGGAGGGAACAUCAUUGCACAUGCUUCAACCACCAGAUUGUACCUGAGGAAAGGUCGAGGUGAAACAAGGAUAUGUAAAAUCUAUGAUUCACCUUGUCUUCCUGAAGCAGAAGCUAUGUUUGCUAUUAAUGCUGAUGGAGUGGGAGAUGCUAAAGACUGAGUAACCCAAUGUGUUCAUCUUACAAGAACAGACUAAUCAAAAGUAGCUAUUCUGCUGAUGAGUCUUUUACUAUAAGUCUUGUGACUACCAUAGGAAGCUGUCAUAAGGUAGGGGUACUCUGACUGAACAUCUGAUCCUCCUUGUUGGAGUUGCUGUAGUUAGCUUUAAAAAAGCUAACAGGACCUCUUGUUCUAUUGACACACAACUCCUUCUGACACCUUUUGCUGUAUUGAAUCCUUAAUGCUUUAGUGUGGCAGGAGCUCUGAGAAACACCUUACUUAGAAAGUGUGUGCAGGGCUGAUGGAUAUAUCAAGAGUGAAAUACUGAACAUUUGCCUAACUUUAAUUAAUGCUCUAAACUAUGGGACAUGUUUGGAAGAAUGGCAUGUUUAGAACUGGUAAAGUUGAAUUUUUUUGUGGAGGCUCCUGUCUUAACUAAUAUUUUGUUUUUAAAAUCUAUUUAGCAUUGGCUGAGAAUCUGAGCAAAGAAGUUAUGACAAUAAUUGAUCAUUCUGAAGUUCAAGCAGCUUCUAGUUCACAUUAGAGACUAUUUGGUUGAAACUGAGCAGAAAAGCUGUUUGAACUACAACUUCAGAACUGAAACUACUAGUUGAAAUGUUUAUUUUUCUAAAUUAAUUUGUUCUUUGCCUUAUUCCAAAAAAGCUAGCCAUUCUGUUAUUCUUGUGAUAAACAAAAAUUGUAGCUGUCCUUCUGACAGCAUUGGUGAUGACAUAUCUUUUGCCUGUAAAAAUUUCCAAGAUGUCCUGAUUGUGCUGAUACUUAAGACUGAUUAAAUGAAUAUUA